AUGGCGACGGCGACGACGGAAGGCCGUGGGCGACAGAGAGCGAGUCCGGACCGCCUUCCCGUGCCUCCCCGCCCCAGCUCUCGGUCCCGCUCCCGCUCCCGGUAUCGGCAUCGCGCGCCGCCUCGCCACGCUCCCGGGUCCCGGCAUGCUCAGGGCCGUCCCCGCGCUGAGCCGUACAAAGGAAGUCCACUUGCAGCUUUCCUAUACUUGUGCGCUGCGCUUGGAGUUGCCGUCGCCAUUCGGCUGUGCGCAAGUACGCCUCCUUCGUACAGCACGUUGCGGGCCUACCGAGGCCUCGCCGCCGCGGUCGUCGGCGCUCUCGUCAUCGUCCUUUUUCUGAGGCAUCCUCCCCGCUGGGCGGAUCAGGAAUACCCUCAUGGACCUAAUCAGAUCCCGGCGGCUCCGACUCGGCAGAUUCAACCGGAGCAGCCACGCCUCCUUCCCACGCUCUCCAUCACCAUCACUGGGGGCAUACUGGACGCGAGCCAGGUUGCUGCUGCCAUCCGCAGCUCCAUGGCAGACAGCACCCGUCCGACUCCCGCCGUCAAUCCACCCCAAGCUGACUCCUCCGAUUCCGACUCCGACGGGUGCGGGUCAAGCACCAACGGCGACGAGACCAAUAACUUGUGGUAUACUCCCGUCCAUCUCCUGAAAGCAGGGGAUGUCUGUCUCAUCCUCCCCGUCUUCAUCCAGCAGUUCCAAGAGAUGGCUCCAGGGUUAACCGAAGCUGAAUCCCUUGAAUUGCUGCUGAGAGCGUUCAGAGAUGCCAACAAAUCUGAGAGAUUCCACAGAUUGUCCGACGUUGUUGAAGAGAACCAACGGAUUAUCUAUUCGGAUCCUCAUGCGUUGACAGACAAAUCGACAGGGGCUUUGAUCAUGACGAUGAAAAUUACUGCAAAACUUGUACAUUUGAUCUGGUACGAAUUAGAUGUGCAGAAUUGGAAGCUAUGUCAGGAAGUCAAAAAGGUAUGCUUUCAAGAGGUUGUUGGGCAAUCUGUAGAGAAGCUCCUUGAUGUUGCACUUUCUUUCAGCAAUGGAAGUUGGUCUGCUGAUCAUCCUUUGCCAAUGCUGACUACCUUUGAUGCGCUUGUCGAUGUCUUACAUAACAUAAGGGAAUUGCCUUUCAGCAGAAUCGAGUAUAUUCCUGAUGAGGUCGCUGAUAUACCGGACUUGCCCUGCAGCAGAUAUGAGUCCAUACAUAAUGUGGUUGCUCAUAUUUUUUGUAAGAUGGUGGUUGAUUUGAUAGGAAUACUUGAGGGGACUAUCAAUGACAUGCAUAUCAGCAGAGAACGUGCUAUACAUCCAGUAACUGCUCUUCUUGUACGAUACCUGGAAUUUUUCUAUUGUAACGGAGAGAUGAUGCAGUCAGUACUUGGCACCGGGGAUUGCACUAUUGAGCUUAUCAUGAUUGGCUCUUGGGUCUCCAAGCUCAGUGAAGAUGCAGAGGUAAUGUUCCCAGGGAAGGGACAAAGGUGCAUUGAAUAACAUGGAUUAUGUUUAUCAACUGAAGCAUCAUCCUGGAGGAUUCCUUUCAAAUAUAGAACUGCAAAGGGGUCUCUGUUCGCUGUUCCAUCAAUACAUUAAGGCCUACCUCGAGGAAUACUGGUUUCCACUUAUGCUGUCAUAUCUGGAUGGUGAUUCUCUGAAGAAGCCAUGCCGUUCAUCCUUGUAUAAAUUCACUGAAGAGUUCUUUAGAAUCUGUGAUGGCCAGAUGACAUGGAAAGUUCGCACUAAGCUUAAACAGAGACUGCCUGAACAGAUAGUGGAAUUGAUUGUUCCAAAAUAUGUGAACUUCUUAGAGGCGCUGCAGGACAAUCCAAGUUCUUGGUUGAAGAGGAUGUGCCGAGCCAGAUCCGAGAAACUGGUCUGCACUGCUGCGCGACUGGAAGAGGUGAUCAGAGGGCUCUUUGAAAGAUAGCAUCUAGAGAGCUAGUCAGCUAGAAGGGCGCUAAACUUGUACAGGAUCGGUGCAUUUAUCAUAUACUCCGUCUUAGCAUUUAGAGAGCAUUUGGUCUGGUGACCCGGCUGUGUUGCCAAACGGUGUGGUGUAUAGUUUUUUUUUGGGUGAGGGUGGGGUGUAAGAAUAUUUUAUGUGACCAAUGUAAAUUAGAGUGGGAUUUUAAUUAAGAGUUCUAGUAUGAUGGUUGCUAGAAAUAAUAGAUAAAAGUCUGGGUUUUAACUCCCUGUUUU